AUGGGACGGAUCGGUGCCAACUUCAAACCAACGGAAAGUCCUCGAUCAAUGAAAGGACCGAGUACAGAUUCAGUGAACAAAUGGAAAAUUCCACACUACUACAAAAGAACACCCUCACAAAAUUCUCCAACAACGACUACUCCUAUACCCGGGAAUACGGAUGUCCAAAACUCCCCAAAUAUAAAUGUAAUGAACAGCCCCAAAAAAGUGGUAUUGGACGAUUCAAAGGUUGGCGGAUCGAAACCCAAAAAGGGCAAGAAAAAAAAUGGCAUGGUUUUCGUAAACUACACUGUGCAGGACGAAGAGGGAAACAAAAAGAAAACACCAACUGAUCAUGACAACAGGGAGAAUGACCCGGUGGACGAUACGACUACGACCAUGAACACAAAUCCCCAUUCCAGCAGGAAAAGAAUGUUGAAGAUAUUCCGAUCUUCUAAAUCUCGGGACUCCACACCAAAUCUAGUUAGUCAAUCACCUGCGGGAAUGGCUGAAAUUGAAAGAUCAAUAUCAAGUCCAAGCUUUAAUAAGACAAAUUCUCAAAAGAACGCUCCCAAAAGAUCUUACAAUUCAUUUCUGAAAUGCCGGAAGUCGAACCACAUCACUCCGCAGACAGUUUACUCCGAUAAUUUGCCAGAUGAUUCCCUGGGUACCGAAGUAUCCAUUGUGUUGGAUGAUGAAGUUGUCCCUAUAUCGAAGGAAGAUCCGUCUUUGGUGAAACCAUCGUUCAAUAUCACCCCUCAGAUUGGAAUACUGCCUAAUUCUGAUAGUGGUAACUUCCAGUUUUUUAAUAAUGAGAGGAGUUCAAUAGGUAAUACGGUAAAUGGACAACCUCAUUCAGGGGAGAACGUACAGGGCAUGAAUGUUCUCGGAUCUCAUUCUAUCGACAAUUCAUCUCAUACAGAAUAUCCGAAUGUGUCCAAUGGAAGGAAAAUGACCACUAUGGGGAACGUGAAGUCCCAGGUCUUUUCCAUGCAAAACACUGAUGACAAUGACGCGUCUGUCGCAUUUAACAAAAUGUUUACAAGGAAACGUGCUAACACAGGAGGUUCAACGCCAUCAAUCGCGUCACCCGUUGCAUCAAUGAAUGCAAUAUCGAGAACAAUCGCCCAGAGAACUGCGAGCUCCACAUCGUUAUCUUCUGUUGGUUCGAGAUACUCUCCUCUUAGAACGCAAUCUCCUGCGAGGGCCAGGUCAUCAACAAGAGCGUCGUCAACCCAACGUUUGUCCCGGGAUGUCAGUUCGAUAUACAAUAUCAAUGAAGUAAUUGCUUCUCAGGCUAAUGCUCAAGAGCAUGAUACGUACCUGGACUCCCAAUUCAAAAAACGGACAAGCGUAAUCUCUUCUCCAAGUCUCGGGAAUGUGUCCAAGAUUGGACACAGACGGAAACAAGAGUCUAUUUCAGAUACUCACGGAAUUAAUGCAUACAAUUCUUUCAACGGACAACCUGGUGAUAUAGUAGCUACGACCCCUUCAGCAAGUUUUGUUACUACUCCCUAUCAGCCGCCGUUCCCAAACUCAACGGGGAAUCCGAUCUCUAGUGCAUCCACGCCCAGUCUGUUAGACACAUACAAUAUCAACCCAUACGAAUCGGUUGGAAGCGCAACAAGGCCAGCGAUUAAUAAUUCAGAAAACGGCACGGUGCACUAUGUUGAAAACGAAGGUUUGGCGGACGCCUUAGACUAUCCCAUUAAUGCCGAUACUGCACCCAUCAUCACUAGCGUUCAACGAAAGACUAAUGAAACAGGACGUAAAAAUGUGAAGCCGGUUCAUGACUUCCACGGUCACAACCACUCAAGUAAGUCUGACACUUCUGGACUAGCCGAAGCUGACUUCAACCCAACUUUAAUGAAUGACAGCAGCACAAGUAGUAGUGGACUAGAAUCUCUGAUGACGAACUCACUUUCUACAACAGCGAGCUCUUCUACGAACAAUAAUGCACCACAUAAUUUGGAUUUCUUCGUUGCAGCUAAUAACGGGUUGUUUAUUGGUGAUAACUCUCCGGACCAUUUUGGAAAACCAGAAAAUGUGCAAUCCUUCCACAACAACAAUUCAGUUACUCAAGAUGCUUGUAUAGCUAACAAAGGCCACUUACAAGAGGACCAGUUACUUCAGGAAAUGUGCAUGGAGUUUGAUUUUGAAAAUCCAAACUCCUUUUUCCACGAGCAAUCAAAGUCACUAGCUAGUCAGAUCACAAGUAAUGAUGAUCUAUCAAAGUAUCAAAAGGGCUCCGCAGUGACAUCUGUUGGUAACUUGUCGUCGUCCCCAUCAACAGUUGUUCCUUCCAGCGUGUAUGGCUCUGUCAGUAACGUUUCGUUGGAAACACAAGACGAAUCACAAUCGCAUUCUUUCAUGAGCUGGGACCACCCUGCAAUGAGAUCACAUAACAGCAACGUUACCAACACUACUAUAGAAGACUCCAACUCCAAACGCAUCAACAAGGACAUCGGCGACCUUUCACACUUUGGAAUUCAUCCUUACCAUCACAAGUAG